AUGGCUCACUGUAUCACUACUUCUGGACUAGAAAAGCAAAGUGACCUCCUGCAAACACACUGUCGCACACUGUGAGCCGCAAGUCAUGAUGGAGACAGCAGAGUAUUCUAAGAGAGUUUACCAAGGAGUAAGAGUCAAGCACACAGUCAAGGAUCUGCUAGCUGAGAAACGAUCAAGGCAAACAAAUGUACCCAGAUUCAAUGCUGCAGCCAGUUCCUCCCAGCCUGCUUUUGUACAAAUGCCAGGUGCUCACAUGCUUCCUGGAUACUACAGCAUGCGGAGGCCUUUCCUGCCUGAUUCUGAGCUGUGCCACCCAAUGAAGCAGUACUCCUCAGACUCAUACUCUUCUGCGCUGGGCAGCAAGGCCUUUCCUUAUGAACACUCAUCCAGCUACCCCUCUUUCAUUGACAGCUACUACCAGCCAGAUUCAUUCGGGGAUUACAGAAGUGCAACUGCUUACACAGCUGGUGGAGGUUCACUCUUUUCCCCAUCUGCACUGUCUACACUACUCCCUUCUCUGUCCGGCGAGGCAUCCUCACAUCUGCUUCUGAGAGAUCCAUGGGAGCAGCCUUCAGAAGAUCAUGUCAGUCAGCCAGAGGUUCUUUGCCCUGAAGGCACAGCCCCGGUGGCAGAUUCCCCGUCUCUGGGUGCUGAUUCAGGAAGCUCCUCUCCGUAUCGGCUUUCGACAAGCCGCAACAGUGGAUCUGUCCCCUCCAGCUCCCAGCCUUACACUCUGCAAACACUGGAAGACGUCCAUUACCCGGCAGCCAGCUACAGCUCAGCCUCCAGCUACUCAUGCCCUCCAUACAUGACUAAUCCGGGCGAUCUGCCGGUGGUGAAGAUGGCGUCUGUGUCUUCAGAUGAGGCUGGCAGUGGUGUUGCAUCUCUCAGUGACACCACUGCUCAAGGAUGGGCCAAAGAUGAUGGAACUAGCUCAUGGAUGGCAUAUGAGACAAGGAGGGCAUUUUAAAAGGCCUUGGAGCACUUAAGUGGAUGUAGAACUGAACUGAUGAAGAAGUUAGAACAUGAAAAAUGGAACCUAAAAACUGGUGGAAUUUUACAGCUUUUUUCAUAAACUUAAAAGCCUAUAUUAAUAAGGUCUUUAGCUGUGCAACAGCUCCUUUUUUAGAGGUUAGGAAUUUUAUUUCAAGAUGACCUCAAAUGAAAACAGGUUCCUGUUGGCUUCAUUGACAGUUAUUAUGAAUAGCUCUAGCAAAUAGCUUGUGGGAAGAUUUAGUAAUCAACGAUCUUUCAUUAUUUUUUUGUCUUUUAAGAAUGAUUGGUACUGACAAAUUAAACAUGCUUUAGACCAUACAUACACAUCAUUAUGAAGGUUAAGAGCCAUUGCGGGUCAUAUUUUCUAAUAUACUAAUGUUUUAAAUUUUAUUGCAUUUAAGCAUUUUAUAGAUAAUAGAUCAAAUAAAACACAUUUGACCACUCAAAACUACACUUUGUCUUUCCAAAACCUCUGUCUUUUCAAAACCUUAUCUCUUCCUUGGACAGACACAAAACAUGUGUGUCCAUCUGAAAGUGGGUUAAUUAUUAUAUAAUUAUUUUUAUAUUCUUACUAUAAAUACAUUUCUUGAGCAGUAGCAGUAAACCGGUAUUGUGAUGUUAAACAAAAUUAUCUGCAUCUGUUCUAGUACUGUUGUGCAUCCCAGAAUUAUGAGGGACUUAGGACUGGUCACAGGUAGUUAAGGUAGUAAAAACAUUUAUAGGUUUUGCAGUUGAAAUUGUUUGUCGUAUGUUCUUGUGUCAAGAAAACUAUCCAAGGAAAA